AUGCGAUCACCGCCUUCUUCCUCGUGUUCCAAUUCGUCUUCUUCUUGUUGUUCUAGUUCCCUCGCUGCAACGAGUUUGGCCAACAGGCUCCGGACCGUGUUCAAGAAAGCUUCCGAGCUUACGACUCUCUGCGAUAUCGAAGCCUGCGUCAUCCAUUACGGACCAGACGGAGAAUUACAGACAUGGCCUAAGGAUCGACAGAAAGUGAGAGACUUGGCUCUUCGGUAUAGUCGUCUCGACGACGCCAAGAGGCGCAAGAAAAGCGUCAAUCUUUAUGGGUUCCUCAACAAGAACAAGAACAAGACCAAGGCGACGAAUCUGACGAAGAAGCCGAGGACGACGAACUCGAAUCAACUAAAAAAGGCGUCGUUUUUUCUCGAGGCACGGAAACAGACAAAGGCAAAGUUGGAAGAUCAUAAGGGUUUAGCACCAUCCUCUCUCAACCAUCAACAGACCCAAUCCUUGAACCCUUCCUCUCUGAACCUUCAUCAGACCCAAUCCUUGAACCCUAGCAAGUUCUCGCUAGUUAUGUAUAACCACGAAGAUGCUACUCUCUCUCAAAUCCCACUCUCUGCAUCAAAUUUCACCAAUUUCACAGAUGAUUACUUGAUGCAUCAAGAGGUUAAUGGUUGUGGUCAGAAUAUAUCUAUGGGUUACAUCAACAGCAACAACUUUCAACUUCCUUGCGACUCAAACACACAAGAAUCUGUGAAUAACUACGGCUUGAAUCAGUUGACGCCUCAAGAGCUUUGUGGUUAUGAUCAGAACAUCUGUAUUGGUGAUACUACCAACAGCAACAACUUUCAAGGUCCUUGCGUCUCAAACACACAAGCGGUACCAGUACAGGAGUCUGUGAAUAACUACGGGAUGAAUGAGUUGAUGCCUCAAGAGCUUUAUGGUUAUGAUCAGAGCAUGUGCAUGAGUGAUACUACCAACAGCCUCAACUUUCAACAUCCUUGCUUCUCAAACACGCAAGAGUUGCAUGAAUCUGUUACUGACUUCGGGUUGAAUCACUUGACGUAG